ACGACCCGCGUGUUUAAUCACUUUCUACCAAUUUCGCAAAUAGGCUAUAUGAAGCUCGUUUUUUAUUCCAAUCCUCAGUGAAUCCCUGUCUCGUCAUGAGGAAAAUCAAGGGGAGGAUAGUUCCUUUCUGUGUCCUACUUUUCACAACUUUUUGGCCGAACGGUACUCUUGCUGCACCAUCCUACUGUCCACAAUGGCUAGCGCCGUACAUGAACUCGAAUCCUUCGAGUUUGGCAUCCACAGACAGUUCAGUGAUUGAAAAGCAACAGUUGCUGAAUCAGGCUAAACUUCUACUCAAUCAGCUGUCUUCAUCGAAUCCAACUUCCAAUGUCCCAAGUAUCAUCGCAGCCUCAGCCUACAAGACUUCGACUAACAGUGCGUCUAAUGAUCAAGUCACUGUCCUCCUUCAAAACUUGAUCACCCAACUUGGAGAUAUCAACUCGAACAGUCUCAGCGUAGCUAAUCCUCCAUCAACCUCACUAGCCAUUUCUAGUGCCACGAUCAACGCUUUAACUGUUCAAUACAAUGACGUCAAGAGCCUGGUUUCCAGUUGUAUGAAUCAAAGCAGUGCAAGUGUUGUGAACACGGCAUUGGACGCUUUAUACGAGACAAUCACAAAUAUUGUCACUGGACAGCUCCGUAAUGCUGAACUACCCAACCUCUGCAGCAAAGCGAUUGCUUUGAAUGGGGAAUUGGAGGCUACUGGUGCACCGAGUGAUGUGACGGGUGCGGUAACCGACUGGAUUACAUCAUUGACUCUGGCGUUAACUGGGCAAAGUAAAAUCUCACUUUUGGCAAUAUGCAGUACCUUGAAUGACCUGGAAACAUCGGUUGUAACAGUGCUCCAAAACGACAACACCGAAAAGUUGCAAAACCUACUCUCGAAUUUGGUUGAUGCCGUGGUGAAUGCGAUAGUAUCUGGAGGAGGUUCUGGAUGUAAUAUCAUAGAUGUUGUGCAGCGGUACGUUGCUAGUAUAAGACAGGCUAUUCAGGAGGACGCCAACGUCAGGACUGCGAAAAUCUACAACUCGAUUAUGAACUUUGAAGAAGAACUGUACAACGUUCUGAUCCAAAGUGACCCAACAGCUGACGUGGUGAGUUCUCAGAUUCUACCGUCGGAUACAACCGACCUCGAAACCCUGGAAUCAGAGUAUCUCGUCGAUAUUGGCCAGCUAGCGAAAUCCAUAUUUGGUGACAAUACGAAACUCGUUAAAUUGGCGAUUCAAAUUUUCCUGGACCUUGCAAAGCUUCAAGACCCAUCGACUCAAGAUGAGCCCACUUCCGAGGACACAGGCGAAACCACACUUUCAACUCUGCAAAAGGUUGACGAUCUGCUGAGAUCCGUCAAUGAAACUUCACAGAGGAAUCCAGUGGGUGCGUUUGAACUGCUCUUCGCAUUAUUGAGCAACACACCACAAGAUGACGUCUUAAUUAUUUUAGACGCUUUGGAUCCUGCCCCCAGUAUCACAAGCGAUCAAGUUCCGCUCUACAACGCAACGGUCGUAGUUAGUAAUGGAGAAAACUUUAUCAUCAAAGAGCACCUUCUGGAGCUGAAAGAUUCGAAUGGAAACGUCCUCAAAAGCGUCCGCAGUGGAACGUACAAGUUCAUGGAUCCUAACACGAAGAUCUCGUGGUCUGGGGCGUUCGGCGUGCAGAAUGAAACAGUUGAUACUGAUUCCGAUGGGAUUACUGUUUAUAAAAGAUUUGGGUUAUGCACAACGUAUCUACCACAGGCUACUUCCGAUUUUUCUACUGCACCGCGAGUCAAAAGGCGAGCAUAUUUCACGCUACAAGAAACUGUGGUUACGGGGACAUCUGAUGACGGGAGCCCGACCAGGAAUGACCGUGGUACAUACACUUUGAUGGAUCCCGUUACUGGCGCUUCUGUGUCUGGCACCUUUGUCAUUGAAAACAGUAUCACCCAAUCGCUUCCUGACGGUACUAAGGAAAUAAUCAAGUCGGGAGUGCUGGCUGUAGAUGAUUCAGAUUCUGCAUCAUCGAGUGAUAUACUUGCCACCGUUGGUAUUGGUAGUUAUUCCCUAGCCAGUCAUCAUAUCUACAAAGAACCAGACAACAAUGGAAAUCUUGGUACUGGGUUCUUCGACAUUAUAGAUCCUGAAACUGGAAAAUACCAGUUAGGGACUACCAUGAUUCAGCAGAUGACCAGCAUAACAAAUCCUGAUGGAUCCAUCGACACGACGACAAAUGCCGUGCUGUAUGUCGAUGGUGACGAGGAUGCAGUUGGAGAAAAUGUGGUAUUCAAGGAGCACACGACUUAUGUUACGGACCCCUUUGGGCAGACUAGCCCAGUUACCACCGGUAAAUUCAACCGAACAAAUCCCACCACUGGCGUGACAAUAUCCGAUACGUACGUAGUUCAGAAUAUCAUAACGACCAACAAUCCUGACGGGACUAAGGAUAUCAUAAAGUUCAAUAAACUGAGUAGCAAUAUUAUAGCUACUUUGAGCAAUAGUUCGUCUACUCCAAUCAGCGAUUGGCCUACAACAACCAGUGGUUCAUCUCAUGCAACCAGUGGUUCACCCAAUGCACCAAGCGACUCGUCCGAUACAUCCAGCGAUACGUCUGAUCUAACCAGCAAUUCGUCUGAAUUACCCAGCGAUUGGUCCGAUCCUACCAGUGAUCCUUCAGAUUCUACGGAAAUUGUACGGGAUUUGAUAACAGUGCUCCCAUCUCUCAUCAAAGAGAUUAAAUCGGGACUGACUACUAUAACUAGCGGUUCGCUUACUUCAACCUCUGAUCCGCCUACUUCAACCAGCGAUUCGUCUGACCCUACCAUAACUAGCGGUUCGCCUACUUCAACCUCUGAUCCGCCUACUUCAACCUCUGAUCCGCUUACUUCAACCUCUGAUCCGCUUACUUCAACCAGCGAUUCGUCUGACCCAUCCAGCGAUUUGUCCGAUUCCGCCAGUGAUCCUUCAGAUCCUACGGAAAUUGUACGGGAUUUGAUAACAGUGCUCCCAUCUCUCAUCAAAGAGAUUAAAUCGGGACUGACUACCAUAACUAGCGGUUCGCCUACUUCAACCUCUGAUCCGCCUACUUCAACCUCUGAUCCGCUUACUUCAACCUCUGAUCCGCUUACUUCAACCAGCGAUUCGUCUGACCCAUCCAGCGAUUUGUCCGAUUCCGCCAGUGAUCCUUCAGAUCCUACGGAAAUUGUACGGGAUUUGAUAACAGUGCUCCCAUCUCUCAUCAAAGAGAUUAAAUCGGGACUGACUACCAUAACUAGCGGUUCGCCUACUUCAACCUCUGAUCCGCCUACUUCAACCUCUGAUCCGCUUACUUCAACCUCUGAUCCGCUUACUUCAACCAGCGAUUCGUCUGACCCAUCCAGCGAUUUGUCCGAUUCCGCCAGUGAUCCUUCAGAUCCUACGGAAAUUGUACGGGAUUUGAUAAAAGUGCUCCCAUCUCUCAUCAAAAAGAUUGAAUCAGGACUGACCAAUCAGACCGAUCCUGAUUCCAAAAGUACCAGUCAAUAUUCAGUCUAUAACGCAACAUCCAUAGUCGGUGACGGUACACCUUUCAUCAUCCACAAAAACGUCACUCCACUGUUGGAUGACGCUGGAAAUGUCAUCAAUCAGAUUGUGAUGGGCACAUGUUAUUUUUUGAACCCGCAAACAAAUGAAGCAUGGAGCGGAAAUUUCGAGGUUGAGAAAGUUUUAACACAGAAUACAGCUUCUGGCAUGACCAAUAUCUCAGAGAUGGGAUGGGUCGACGUAUACCCGAUGGAUGACAGUCUCUGUAACUUAAAUGUUAAUGUUCGAGGAUACUUCACAAUUAUAGACCAAAUAAAUUCGGCUAUUGACGUGAACGGUUUCUUAACGACAAACGAAGCAGGAACUUACUCAUUGAAGGAUUCUACUACAGGUGAUUUGAAAUCUGGGAGUUUCAUAGUCGAAAACAGCGUUUCCAAGACGAAUAUAGACGGUACCAUCGAAACCGUGAAGUCUGGAUUCUUAUCUGUUAACGAGCCUGGCACCACAUCUCCCAAACAACCCUCUCCUGAAAAAAACAACGGGUACAUUUUAUUCACCAAUAAGAUCUUCCCAGUAGCGGACAGUGAUGGAAAUUAUGGUACUGGAGUAUACAAUAUGAAAGAUCCUGAGAAUGAUGUGUCCACGUCGGGAACCUAUGUCAUUCAAGAUAUUGUGACCAUAAACAACACAGAUGGAAGUGUAAAUUCAACGAUGACAGGCGUGAUUCACCCCGACGGUUCUAACCCUGAUCCAGCCACGGUUGGCUCCAUGAUACCCUACAUCGCAAGUGGAUCGAGUUUUACGAUCAACGAUCACUUAGUUAGCGUAACGGAUAGCAAUGGGGGUGUCAGCACUACUGGCAAUGGGAAAUUGAUUUAUUUAAAUCCCAAAACUGAUGAGGUAGAAUCACUGAAUUAUGUGAUAAGCAAUAUCGUGUCGAUGGAAGAUACUGAUCACUCAACUAAGAUUCUGAAGUUUGCUCAAUUUCCAAUUGACAAUUCUACAGCAUCCGCAAUCGAUGAUUUGACCGCGUCUUUGACGGAAUUAAUCGAAACUUUAAAAGUCCCUGUCAACAUUCUCUCGAAUUCGACGAAUGAUUCCACGGUUGAUACAGUCGAUCCUCCAACUAUAAUGAUCGAUGGUGCAGCUUUCAUAUUGGACCAGCACGUGGUGCUGCAGUUGGAUUCCGAAGGGAACAUUGUGAACCUUACUCAAACUGGAAGGUUCAGUUUCACAGAUCCUGUGACAAACGUUUCUUGGUCUGGAAAUGUUGAAGUAGACGAGUAUUCGGCAACGUCGAGUACGCCAGGCGUGAUCGACGUCAUUGAGUCGGGCACAUUGACCAUUAACUUGCCCGAUGAUGCUUCCGGCGGUACCACGAGCACCUCAGACCCAGCCUACUUCGAAAUCCAAGAUCACGUGAGCGUAGUCGUCGAAGAUAGCGGAGCUUUCACGGCGACGGAAAACGGAACGUACACUCUGACGAAUCCCAAAACUGGUAGCUCCGUGACUGGAAGCUUCGUGAUUGAGACGAGCGUUUCUAAAAACAAUUCGGACGGCAGUAUAGACAAGAUUAAAUCCGGAACGAUGUAUGUGACCAAAUUCUGUUCUACAUCCCCCGCCGCAGAGCCCACUCCCUUGAGUGAUGGCGGAUACUUUCUAUUCGACGAUCAUAUCUUUGCAACACCUCGUAGCAACGGACUGGUUGGAACGGGAGUUUACAACAUCAAGGACCCAAACACGAACGAGUAUACUUCAGGAACUUACCUGAUCCAGGAGGCCUCUAACACUAAUAAUCCUGACGGAAGUGUGGAUCUGAAGACCGCUGGCCUUAUUUAUGUCGACUCUUUGCACUCCAGUACGAAUUCAACUAGCACCGACCCAACGCUGGCUAUUAUAAACGGAGCAAAAUUCACGUUCGACGAUCACUUGACUCGAGUCAAAGGCGAUGCCGGGGAGUUGAACACCGUUGGAACAGGAACACUUACACAAACAGAUCCGGAAACGGGCACUGUAAGGACCGGAACUUACUCCAUUCAGUCAGCCAAUUUCAAGACGAAUCCUGACGGCAGUCAAGAUACGAUCAAAUCUGGCACGUUCAGAUACACGAAUGAUAAUGAUACCACACCAGAUAUAUCCGUUAUUCUAACAUCAUUAUUGUCACAGCUCAGUUCCGGCUUAAGUUCGAAUUCCAGCUCAGUAAUAUUGCAAAAGCUGAUCAGUACUCUGAAAACAGUGGAGACGGAGUUGAGUCAAAUCUCUACAGCAGGCUCGAUUUCGCCAACAGAUGUGGUGCUGGGAUCUACUUACGUAAGAUUACCACGAUCAGACGUAGUUGCAGCGCUCGAUGGACAGAAUGUUCUGCCUGGAGAUGCUGUGGCCAUUGAGACUAAAAACGGGGAUGCUCUUCUUGCCACAAUUCAGGACUUAUCCAGCCCCGUGACUUUUUAUCUUACAAACUUGGCAGAUGUGACACAAGUAUUUGCAAAUGCGACCAGAAUUUGGACAGUAACUGAGGACAAAUUUUCAAAGCCAGAUCGUGCCAUCAUCGAUGCUCUUAUAGAGUCUUCAGCUAUGCCUUGUGAUACGUAGAAAUAGACGAUUAGUAUAAUUCGUUAUGCUAUAACUGGCAUAAAAGUUGAAACAGAAGCACAAGCUCGUAUUUUGAUACGACAAACGUAGUACGCUACUGGUGUAUUGUUUACUCUGCAGAUUAAAUAGUGAAAAAAGUGUACACAGUAAUUGAAGAAGUAUAUAUG